AUGGCGAAAGAUUCUUCUUCUUCUGGUGAUGACGACAUUGACUGGAACACAGAUGAUGAUUUGGAGGUCGAGAAAAUGAUCUUAUUAAAGUCUUCUGUAAAGCCGAGAGCUGUGACACCCACUUCUUCGAGCUCUCCUACUGAGACAACUCCCGAUUUAGUUCAGAUGGGAUCCUCAGACCAGACGUUUGCAACAUUGGUGGAAAUGGGAUAUUCCAUGGAUAUGAUCGCUAGAGCAAUCAAGGAAAAUGGACCAAAUGCAGACGCUUCAGUGAUUAUUGAGACUGUCUUGAAGUACUCAAGUGAAUCUGAAGCUGGUUCGUCCAAGUCGAAGGCUAUUGAUUACUUCCUUGCAAUGGGAUUUGAUGAGGAAAAGGUGAUCAAAGCCAUUCAUGAGCACGGAGAAGACAAUAUGGAACUAAUAGGAAAUGCACUCAUCUCUUCUGCGGAGGAAGAAGAGAGGCUGCCAACAGUAAAAGAAGAGAAUUUGCCAGUAGUAAAAGAAGGGAAAUUGCCAGAAGUAAAAGAAGAGAAUGACAUAGACUGGUCUGACAGUGAUGAGGAGAUGAAUUACUGCGAUUUAUUGUUCUCAGAUGAUGAGAUUGAUCCAGACUCCCCCGAUAAAUUUCGUUCUUUGGUGAAAAUGGGAUUCUCGAAGCUCGAAGCUUCUCUAGCUCUGGAGAGAUGCGGAGACAAGGUGAGCGUUGAAGAGCUCGCAGACUUUAUCUGGGCUGCUCAGUUGGCUCGAUCAUUUGACGAGUUUCACGCUGACCCUGAAGAGAAAAAGCCUAGACAUGACGCCAAGAAGAGGCGGAUAGACUCAAGAAGAAAGCCUAGCUCAUCUACUGCUGAGGAGAAGGUUCGCCUACCGAAUCCGAUGAUAGGGUUUGGACUUCCAAACGAGCCAGGGCUCAUCACACACAGAUCACUCCCUGCCACAGCUCUACGCCCACCGUUCUUCUACUAUGAAAACGUAGCUCUUGCACCUAAAGGCGUUUGGGAGACGAUCUCAAGGCAUUUGUUUGACGUUGAGCCGGAGUUUGUAGACUCAAAGUACAUAUGUGCUGCAGCAAGAAAGAGAGGCUAUGUACACAAUCUCCCCAUCAACAACAGAUUUCAGAUUCAGCCUCCUCCAAAGUACACAAUUUCCGAUGCGUUUCCUCUGAGCAAGAAGUGGUGGCCAACCUGGGACAAAAGAACCAAGCUGAACUGCGUAGUGACAGUUUAUGGUAGCGCCAAGUUAACCAAAAGGAUCCGCGAAGCCCUUGAGCCUCAUAUUGGUGAACCGCCUGCUCAUGUAAGAAAGUAUGUCAUUGACCAAUGCAGGAGGUGGAACCUUGUAUGGGUGGGACCAAACAAAACAGCCCCACUCGAGCCAGAUGAAAUGGAGAAUCUUCUGGGAUUUCCUAAAAACCAUACACGAGGUGGUGGAGUUAGUAGGACCGUGCGCUUGAAGUCACUGGGGAAUUCUUUCCAGGUGGAUACUGUGGCAUAUCAUCUAUCUGCCCUGAAACCAUUGUUUCCUAACGGAAUAAACGUUCUGUCACUGUUCACUGGCAUCGGUGGUGCAGAAGUGGCGCUACACCGGCUGCAAAUCCCGAUGAAAGUAGUCGUCUCCGUGGAGAUAUCUGAAGUGAACCGAACCAUCUUGAAGGACUUCUGGAAGCAGACAGAGCAGAAAGGACUCUUGAUCGAGUAUGCAGACGUGGAGGAGAUGACUAACGACACAAUUGAAGACUUGAUGAAGAAGUAUGGCGGGUUUGAUCUCGUCAUAGGAGGUAGUCCGUGCAACAACCUCGCUGGUGGUAACAGAGUAACCAGGAGUGGUCUUGAUGGUGACCACUCUAUCUUGUUCUUUGAGUACUGCAGGAUCUUGGAGGUGGUUCGUGAGACAACAGCCAGAAUGAGAAGGUGA